CAUCCAACUCCACAUUCUCCAUAAAUCAUCUCACCAAACUCCUUUGCCACUCACUUUAGAUUUUUUUACAUUGGAGUCUUGUUUCUGAGCAAUGGGAGAUGAGGUGAUUUUGUUGAAUUUCUGGGUUAGCCCUUAUGGGAUUAGGGUCCGAAUUGCACUAGAGGAAAAGGGCAUCAAGUAUGAGAAUAGAGAAGAGGAUGUCAACAAGAAGAGCCCUUUGCUCCUGCAAAUGAACCCAGUUAAUAAGACAAUACCAGUUCUCAUUCACAAUGGCAAACCCAUCUGUGAGUCACUUAUAGCUGUUGAGUAUAUUGAUGAGGUUUGGAAUGAUAAGUCUCCCUUGUUGCCUUCUGAUCCUUACCAGAGAUCACAAGCUAGAUUCUGGACUAACUAUGUUGACACCAAGAUGUAUGAGAUUGCCGUGAAGAUUUGGAAAAGUGAAGGAGAAGAGAAAGAAGCUGCCAAGGAAGAAUUCUUGGAGUGUCUGAAGUUAAUUGAAGAACAACUGGGGGACAAGCCUUAUUUUGGUGGGGACAACCUUGGUCUUUUGGAUAUUGUACUUGUUCCUUUGAUCUGUUAUACUUAUACCUAUAAUAUAUAUGGAAAUUUCAUCAACGAGACACAGUACCCCAAAAUCAUUGCUUGGUCUAAGAGGUGCGCACUAAAAGAGACUGUGUCCAAGUGUCUUCCCGAGGAACAGAGGGUCAAAGAGGUUUUUUCGAAGAGGAGACAGGACUUGAACAAAUGAAUAGAUUAGAGAGAGGGUGCCAAUAGCAAAAUAUUGCCUCUUGUUACUUGUGUGCUCUAUCUUCUGAAUAAUGGCUUUACAUACUGCACUUUGGUUUUGCUACUAAUGUUAUUUUCAGUGGAUAUUUGUGAUCUAAUGCAACAUGCUCUUUUAUUUCUACCAAAUAGUAUUUAGAUGUCAUAUAUCA